CAAUCAGGACACAGCAACGCACACCCAAGAGCAAAAGAGGGAAAGGAGUUAUUGUUUUCUUUCUGCUUUUUAAUGAAGUUUACCCUGUCGGUCUUUCAGGAAAAUGUUAGUAGUUGGGACAAACUUUCGAAGAGCUCUGGAUCCGACUCAGAAGGAGCAAAUUCAUGGUAAAGGGGGAAGUGGAGAGCAAUGGCUGAAUCUCCAUCACGGCAUCUUGGAUUUGGCAAUUCUGGGAAGAGUUUUCUUAUUGAUAAUUUGCUUCGUCCUGACAAUAAAUCACCCCCCGCCCAGGUCAUACCUGUUGCCAGCCAGAAAAGAUACCUUUCUACUCUGGUGUGUGGGCCACUGGGACUGGCUCCUAAAAGUUCCUGGGUGGCUUCACAUGCUCAGCCGAGUAACACUCCCCAAGAGAUGGAGAGAGAGACACUCAAGACACGUUCAGCAGUGUUGAGCGGUGUACUGCUGUGUGCUUCUCCUCUCGUUCACCCAUGUUAUGGUGGCUCCAGCCCACUGACGUGCUCUCCGCCUCUCCUCUGCAAAGGGACAAGCCCUGCAGUAUGGAGUUCAGGCCAAUGCCCUAAACAACACAGAGGAAUCCUGAGGAGAGCUGUGUUCUCUGAGCAGCAGAGGAGAGAACUUGAGAAAACGUUUCGCAGACAGAAAUAUAUCAGCAAGACAGAUCGCAACCGACUGGCCACAGAACUCUGUCUGAAGGAAACACAGGUAAAGAUCUGGUUCCAAAACCGCAGAAUGAAGUGGAGGAACUCGAAGGAGAGAGAAAGCCUGAGCUCAAGGCCACCCAUGGAAGAGCUCCUGCUUAGGAGCAUCCCAGAAAAAGGAGAAACAGGGCAUACACAAACAUUCCCCAGAGGAGGGCGCCACACAUCGCAAACACCUGCUGGCAAGCCCUUGAAAGAUCACACAUCUGGCUGCUAACAAUGUUCAAAGAUAAGCCAUGUACACUUCAGUCAAAAGUUUUUGAACACUUGGAGUUUGUUUAAUUAGAGCGUCAUUACUAUUAGUACCACACAGAAAAAGGUACAGAACAAGAAUUUAAUAAGGAGAAAAUUAAAACAAGUGUUCUACCAGAGAUACCGAAAUCUUUUUUUUUUUUUUAAGGAUUAUUAAGUCUCAGAUCCUAAUGGGAACCAUAAGCAAAUUAAGCCUACAGAUACAUACAUGCUAGUAUGACUGUAAUAAUAAGCUACAAGUACCUGAUAUUACUGAUCAAGGUAUAGAUUGUUCCCAUUAAAAUAAAUCCUCAUUUUAGAGUGUUUAUAAAGCCACCACUUUUUAAACUCUCAAUUUUACUCCCACUUAUUUUUCAGUUAUUCAUAUAGAAAAGCAAUCCAUCAUAUUAUUCAGCUUCCAAUUAUUCAGUAGCUAGAGUGAUACUAACAGGAAAAGUAUCUAGUUACGAGAGUGGACUGUAAGUCUGAACCCAAAAAUUCUCAAAUAUAUAUGGUGUUCAGAAAUGUUUGACGAUCAGAAUAUAUGCACCCAUAUAUAUCUUCCUCCCUUAAUUUCCAGGAAGAUACUUAAUAUUUGACUAAUACUUCAGAAAGAUUAUACAUGCAUUAAAACAUAACACUGAAAUUUUGGAAUUUGUAAAUAUGUUUUUCCAGAAGGUGCUCUGACAGCCAAAGCUGACCUGGUUUCUGUUUUCAGUUUUUUUUUUUUUUGUCAUAAAUAUUGCCUGUUGUAUAUGACUGUAUAAAUUCAUUGAAUAUUAUUUGAAAACUAAUUCAAUAUACUUACAAUGUUUUUUUUAACUGAGAAAUAAAUUGAAUUUUUUUGUUAUUAUUUGUGAAUAGUAAAAAUGUUAAUGUGCUCACUGUGCUUUGCUACAAAACAAAUGAAUUAAUGGCAGCAUUUUGAAUUUUGCAUUUUGAAUAAAACUCCUCCUGUAAUCUCACAUGUACAUAAUGUUUAAUAAAA